AUGGAGGCUCAAAAUUAUGAUCGUUUGCAUGGUGCUAUGUCAUUUGACAAUAUCUGGAACGAGAUUAGUCUUUCGGAGUGUUCUAGAAGUGGAGAAUCCCCUGUUUUCGUUGUCAGUUGGAACGACCAUUUUUUUGUCCUGAAGGUCGAAGCAUAUGCUUACUACAUCAUCGACACAUUAGAGGAGCGACUUUAUGAAAGAUGCAAUCAAGUUUAUACACUAAAAUUUGACAGGGAUAUGACUAUCUACAGACUUCCACAUACCAGACAAUCUUCAAAAGGAAAACCUGUUGUUGAUAAGCAUACUGUUCGUGUAGUGGAGUCUGAUAACUCGAAUAUAGAGCAGCAUGUGGAGUCAAAGGACGGUUUGAAAGAAGGGACACUUGUGAAUGGAACCGAUGAUCCAAUUACGAGUGAAGAAGAAGAGGUUAUUUGUCGAGGUAAAGAGCGUUACAAAGAGUACAUUAAGAGUUUCUUGGCUGCAAUACCAAUGAGAGAACUACAAGACGAUAUCAAGAAAGGCUUGAUAACACCAACUCCUCUUCAUCAGAGACUACAAAUUGAAUUCCACUUCAGCCAACUAGAGCAACAAACUACCGUAACUCGAGUAACAGAAGACCACAACAAGCAGUUGAUGCUACAAUAA